AUGUCGGCGACAGGACUUAGAAUAGGUGCUUCUUAUUUGGAUCCCAGCUCAGAUAACUCCUAUUCCAUCAGACUACUUGAAUCCAAGUCUGAACACGACUACGCCCGUUCUCCUAGAGGCCCGCUUCCUAUCGGCUUGAUCCCUAAUGCAGGAAUUGUAUAUCAUCGCCCCCGCGAUCCUCGUUCAUCCGUUGUAUCUCCAACAAUGUCCUACGCCCCUGGAUGUAAUUUAAUUUGGCCUAAUCUAGGUCCUGGCUAUUAUCCUUGUUCUAGUCCUAGUUCUAGCUUCUUUGGUUCCUUCCAUCAGAUGAACAAUUCGAUGUUAACUCCGAGAUCCCCUUCUUCGCAAAUUGGUCUAUAUCGUAACCUAUCGCCAACACAAACUCAAGAACAACAGUCGACCUGUCCGAAUCCACGGUUUACCAAUGUUUUCUAUCAACUCCCUGGACCUGUUUCCUAUCCGAAAGGGCAUUUUGUUUCCCCAAUAGUAAUGCCGAUGCGUAUGAAUACAGCGCGGCAAUCGGGCUCCGAAAGUGGAUUUGAUACAUCACAGGUUCAACUAAUGGCCCGGAGACCAGGUCCUUUCCAGAACAGACCACAAGUACUUGACCUAUUUCGAUUUCAUCGAUCCUACAAGUAUUCUCCUUUAUAG